AUGAUUAAGGUAAUUAUUGGAAAUGGCAGGAAUAAUGAUAAUGGCAAUGGAAAUUGUAACAGUAAUGGUAAUAAUGAGGAUAAUGGUAAUAGUAUUGAUAAAAUUAAUUACUAUGGUAAUGGAAAUGGUAACGAUAAUGAUGAUGAUAACAGCAAUGGACAUCUUAAUAGUAAUUGUAUUAAUAAUGGUAAUGGUAAUGGCAAUGAUAAUGAUAAUGCUAUUGUAAAUUGUAAUAGUAAUGUGAUGAUAAAUGGUAGUGGUAAUGAUAAUUUUAAUAGUAAUGAUGUUGGUAAUCGUACUAGUAAUGGUAAUAAAUGUAAUACUAAUGCUGGCGGGGAGAAAAAGCAAUACAUUUUGUUGCUUGUUGGCAAUCCUGGAAGUUUAUAUAAAUGUAUUGCUCCACCACAUAUGUAUACAUAUACGCCAUAA